AUGCUUUAUGAUUUUGAUAUCCUCAUGAUAUCUAUGGUAAAAGUCGUCAGCUACGUGGGCUGUCUGAUUAUUGUAAAUUCGCCCUGGGAAACUUUGGAAAAAGUCCCACAUGUUUAUGCCUUUUCCAGACUCGUUCCAGGCUCCUUCUAUUUGGAAGGCAGCUGUAGCUGUUCCCCACGCGAAGUCAUGUGGCAGAUGUGAGCAGGAGCCGAGGCAGAAUAG